AUGGAUGCAAUUGAAACCCAGAGUAAGGCCAACGUCUCGACUGCGCUCGAGAUGGAUGACAAGUCGACCAUGGGUCGCGAGGAGCGCGACCGCGCCCGUCUCUUGAGACUGGGUAAGCGGCCUGUUCUGAAGCGAACGUAUGGCUUCAUGGCUAUCCUCGGUUUCACAACUACUAUUCUUGUCACCUGGGAGGGUGUUCUACUAGUUUUUAAUAUUGGUCUAGAAAAUGGCGGCCCUGCUGGGAUGAUUUACAUGUACCUCUUUGCGUGGAUAGGUGCAUGGUGUACUUUUGCCUCCCUGUGUGAGCUGGCUUCUAUGGCUCCCAUCUCUUCCGGUCAAUACUUUUGGGUCGCAAUGCUGGCACCCCCCUCCUGUCAACGUUUCCUGUCCUAUCUGACUGGCUGGAUGACAUCCAUAGGCUGGCAGGCUCUCGUCGCCUCGACGGCUUACAUUGCCGGUACACUCAUACAGACCUUAGUCGCCAUUACAAUUCCCUCGUACGAAGCUACCAGUUGGCGGGGACUUCUUAUCAUCUAUGCAGUGCUUCUGUUUGGCUUCAUCAUUAACACUACCGCCCGUCGGCUACUGCCAACCCUUGAAGGACCGGUUCUAUGCAUCCAUAUCCUGGCCUUUUUCGGUGUUCUUGUUCCACUGUGCGUGCUUAGUUCCAAGCGUGACUCGAUUGACGUCUGGGCCUACUUUGUCAACGAGGGCGGCUGGGACACACAAGGACUCUCUACCAUGAUUGGCCUACUUAUGUCUAUUUUCUUGUUCACUGGUGUCGACGGCGCUAUACACAUGUCCGAGGAAAUCAAGGACGCUGCAGUUGUUGUGCCACGCUCCAUCAUGGCCAGCAUGGGCAUUAACGGGGCCUUUGGCUUCGGUAUUUUGCUCGCAGCACUUUACGCCACUACCGACAUCGAUGAGACCCUCGGCAGCGAGGCAGGUGAGGCUGGGUAUCCUUUUCUGUACAUCUUACAAAAUGGAAUUGGGUCACUUGGUGGUGCGGUGGCCAUGGGGUCCAUCAUCUCCGUGAUGCAAAUAUUUGGUAACAUCGCUGAUAUGGCAGCGGCCUCGCGCAUGUGGUGGGCUUUUGCUCGCGACAAAGCGAUUCCCGGCUGGAGCUUUUUCCUCAAGCUGGACUCUCGCACCUCCUUACCUGUUCGCUGUAUUCUAUUUACCGUUACUGUGUCCGUCCUCCUUUCUCUGAUUAGCAUUGGUAGCACAACGGCUUUCAACGAUAUUGUCGCCCUUGUCACAUCAGGAUACUACUCCUCUUAUCUUAUGGCGAGCGGRCUUCUUUUKUAUAGACGGUUGACAGGAGCCAUCGUUCUGCCAGAUGUGGGCGACUCACUAUACGAGCCGGUCAACAAUGUCGGGAGACGGCUCGUCUGGGGUCCCUGGCGCAUCCCGGGUAUUCUGGGAAUUUUGAUCAAUGCAUUCUCCGUCAUUUACUUGACUGUUGCUCUCUUCUGGUCCUUUUGGCCCUCGUUCUACCCUGUCACGGCUGAAAACAUGAAUUACAAUGUUCUCAUUAUCGGAGCUACCUUACUUUGGUCGAUUGCGUAUUAUGUCUUUCAUGCACGGAAGGAGUAUACCGGCCCGAUUGUCGAGAUAGCGCCAUCUGAUUUUGCGAGACAGUGA